AUUGUUAAUCUGUUGAUUGUGAUACUUUUUAUAAUUUAUAGACUUCGUGUCAUAUUUUGUAGGUAACAAGUGUUACUUUUCUUAUCAUUAAUUGUAAAGUUUCGGUAGAUGACAUUUGUAAUUUUAUUAUUUACAUUCAAACGUCUAACGUCUUCACGUGCAAUUGAUUUCAGUACUUAAAUAUCUAUUUGCUUUGUAAAUAAUAAGUAUUAUUUAAUAAUGAAAUCAUCGAAUAUUAAAUUGUGCGUUGAUGUGCCAUUGGAAAAUAAAAAACUUGAAGAAAUAGUUGAUGUUGCCAAAGAUUUUGCUCUUAUAAAUGGUAUUUCAUUGCAUUCAAAUGCGUGUUUUGAUCGUAAUUGUGUAAGAAUAUCUAAAUUCACACUAAUACCGACAAGUUUUCCGAGAGAUGAAUUUAAUAAGGCGAAAAACAUACAAGUGGCGAUAAAUAAAUUGAUGCACAAAGUUGCUUAUGAUGAUGAAUUUCUUACAAAAACUUUACAAAGUACAAUUGAAGCUGACGAUUUUACAAUGGAAUUAUUUAAUCUGUAUAAAAUAAUUUAUAAAGAAGGAUAUGCGCAGCACAACAGUUUGGGAUUAUUUAGAUCGGAUUAUUUAUUAAAUGGUGAUUUAAAUAUUAAACAAAUCGAAUGUAAUACCAUUUCAUCAAGUUUUGCCGGAUUAGCACCAGUUGUUUCUAAAUUACAUAAAUAUGUACUGUCACAAUUAGGGCAUGCAGAUAAAACAAAAAAUAUACCUGAAAAUAAUUCAGCCGUGGGAUUCGCCAGCGGAUUAACUGAGGCAUGGAAAAUUUACAACAAUAAAGAAUCUGUGAUAUUAUUUGUUGUGGAGGAAAUAACAUAUAAUAUAUGUGAUCAGCGAGUUAUUGAACAUGCAAUUCAUGAUAUUAAUCCUCAAAUAAAAGUUAUUAGACGUACGUUCAAUGAAUUAAUAAAACAGGCACAGCUGAGAGCAAACAAAGAAUUAUUUGUAGAAGAUCAUUUAGUGGCAGUUGUUUAUUAUCGCACGGGUUACGAGUCAUCAGCUUAUACAUCACAAGAAGUCUGGAAAGUCCGUUUACUUAUGGAACGCUCGCGUGCUAUUAAAUGCCCGUCAAUACAGUACCAUUUGGCGGGAACUAAAAAAGUUCAACAAGCUCUUGCACAACCUGAUGCAUUGAAACGUUUUCUAAGUGAAAACGAAAUUAUGCUUGUGCGUCAAGUAUUUGCAGGCCUCUAUUCACUAGACUUUGAUGAAAAUGGAGAUCGAGCAGCAGAAAUGGCAAUAUUGCAUCCGGAAAAAUAUGUCAUGAAACCACAGCGCGAAGGUGGUGGUAACAAUAUCUAUGGGUUAAAUGUUAAAACGACUUUAGAGUCUAUUAAAAAUUCUAAAGUACGUACUGGGUAUAUUUUGAUGGAGUACAUUGAUGCACCACGUCAGAAAAAUUAUCUUUUGGGUCCUAGCGAUGAAGACAUUUGUCUACAAGAACUUAUUUUUGAGUUAGGAAUUUAUGGAAUAAUAAUUGGAGACCAAAAUAAUAUAAAAUUAAAUAAAGAAGUGGGUCAUGUGUUACGAACAAAACCAUUUGGUGAGGAUGAAGGCGGUAUUAUUGCUGGUGCUGGUGGACUCGAUAGCCCUUAUCUUGUUGAGUAAAUUAUGUAAUUAUUUAUUUAUUAAUUGUUAUCAAUAUCAUUAUUGCAAUAAUAGUAAUAGAAAUCAACUAAAAACAGCUUUAUAUUAAUGCACGUAUUUUUAAACAUAUGUUGAAGUAAUACUUAAAAUUUUUAUAUUUUAUUAACAAUUUAAUAAAAGAAAUUAUAAUAUUUUAUUACACGGAAA